AUGUGGUUCCCGCUGGAAACGAUCCUUACAAACUGGAUUCAUAUGCUUCGAAUCGGCACGGCCGAUUCACCAGACGGCGAAGCGCCCGCAGAACUGGCGAGGUCCCGAUCGCAAAUCGGGCUUUGGUCUUGGCUUCCAUAUUCUCAUAGUCAGGUCAAUAGUACUGUGGCUGCUAUUGAUCGCUACUCGGCGGCUAUCGAAGCUAGAAUGCCCUCUGGAUCGCUUUUGUCUAUCUCUAGAGAUGCGCCGCUUUUCACAGACGUAGAGCUUGAUGCGGCAUCUAUACCGGAGGAGUGCUUUAUUCGUUCGGUUCUGACGAGAGUGAAGACUCCCCGUUUUAAAGCUAUUGCGCCCGGCUUGGAAGUUCCGCACGAUACCAUGGCUUUCACGGCUCGGCGGAGGUUUAUCGGGAUAUCUCGCAACCAGGAGGAAUGGGGCAAGAAUAUCCCGCCCGUCCUACCUAGGUAG